GCGAAAGCCGACUUUGGGGCUCCCAAGUCCCCAACUGAACGUGGCAAAAAGGUGACGACUUGUCAUCGUGUGCUUUGAUCCUUGGGGUGCCCAGUCUGUAGAGGUUCGGAUCCAAAACUACUACCCCAGGUGCGGCACUCUAUGUCAGCAAUGGCGGACCGCACGAACAUCUCGUUCGCGGCGGUGAGCGCCGAGCUGGCUUCAGGACCUCCCGGAAGAGAAAGAGAGAGAAGCAGGACUCCCGGCCGACGGGAGGACGAGAACAACGGCACCAACACCCCUGACCCGGUGAACGAGCAGCUGAAACUUAUGAGAAGGCAGCUCGAGAUUCAGAACCAAGGCUUACAAAUGGCAAUGAACACAAUGACGCAGUUCAUGCAGAUGAUGGUGGGCCAGGCUGGAAGCAGUGCCCGGCAGCCAUUGCAGUCCCCUCCACAGGCGGCGGAUGCCGCUGGGAGUACUGCACCCGCUGGCGGCCAGCACCCGCCUGGCGUGACCCUGGCGGCGGUGGUAAAGAAGCUGCUGGAGGGCAUCUGCAAG